AUGUUGAAGUUUCUAUCGAAGGUGAGGAUAGAGUUCAACGCAUUGGACCCGCGCCUGGCAUCGUGUAUGGAAUUCUUGGCGCAGUGCAAUGCUCGCAAGGCCAAAGAAUCGAACCCGGCCUGCCAGGUCCAGGUCAAGCGCCGCACCGACGACCACCCGCCGCAGAUCACCGUCACUUUCGUCAACGGCGUCGAGGAGGUCUUCGACGGCACCCAGACUACUGCGCAGACGAUACGGAACAUGAUUCUGGAGAAAGGCCAGUACCUCCAGACGGAGCAAAUGUUUAGGGAAGCCGGGGAGAAAUGGCCAGUUGUCAUCCCUGAUGAAGAGCUCAGUAUGCAUGCUCCGGGAACCAAGCCGAGGAAAGCAGAAGACAAGAAGUGAAUCCAUCCCUUUUCCAGCCAGCAUUUUUCAUCAAAG